AAUCCGCACGGCGCAUUUUCGGUCUAUUUAGAGUUCGUUACUUCGAUACUUUAGCUUUCCCACUGUCUCACCUACUAGUGUCUAGCUGAAAAGCUGUGUUUCAUCUAAUGUCCACUAAAUGCUCCGUGUGCGGCGCAUCGGCCCAAACUAAUUCGAACAGCAUUAUCACAUGUGGUGGCUGUGCUUUAGCAGUGCACGAAGGUUGCUAUGGCGUCAAAAGGGAGUUCUGCCACGAUAAAUGGUUCUGUCGCAAAUGCGAAUCGCAAGUUCGGAUAAGCAAAAUUCGAUGCGAUUUGUGUCCCAUCAAAGAUGGUGCCUUCAAGCGUUGUCGUGGUGCAAGAUACGGCUGGGCCCAUAUACUCUGCGCCGUUUAUAUCGAUGGGAUCUAUUUUGAAGAUCCCGACAACAUGGAUCUGAUACUUUUGUGUGACGUUUCACCCGAUCGCUUCGGUCGACCUUGUGUCUUUUGUGAACGGAAUCAGCGCAGUUCCCAGGCAAAUCAUGGCGUUUGUAUCCAGUGUGCUACGAAAAGUUGCCGCGUUUAUUUCCACGUCACUUGCGCCUCACUCGAAGGACUGUUGUCUGAACUUCCUUGGUCUGACGCUGAUUCGACGACCUCAUUGGCGCGCGUCAUAACUCGAACGCUUCCCGCGGAGCAAACAUCCUUGGCUCAAAUCGAUACAACUACUUUUGGAACGAGCACCUGUCAUCGUGAUGGUGUCUCUUGCCCGCUUCCCACUGAUAGCACCAAACGUUUUUACGGAUUUUGCUCUUUACGCCAUAAAGAGAACUUUUUAUCUGCGCUAUCCGCUGCUCACCAGUCGUCUACAGCAACACCUGCGGUCAGUUGUCCAACGUCUAGUAACGAUCCGCUCGGUCGUAUAGCAGUGGGAGAUGGUGCCUCUAUAGAUUUUGCUGCCGAUAACGGGGAUGUACUUCAGAAAGACACGCAGCCUUCUUUUGGUCAUCUUCCUACAAGUCGCAUGGUGGCCGCUUUGGGCGAACCGACAUCACCUCUCCAAAGCGGCUCCAUCUGUGCCACACCUCCCGUAGAGUUGGGAACUCAUCCCAACACGAACGUACCUCAGCCAACGCCCAUCAGAGAGCUCUCCGGAUUAACAACCGAGACAAAUACUGAAUCCGUGGGGAAUGAAAUCAAACAAUCAGGAGAAAAUUGCGUUGAACUACUCCCGAAUUCCCGCUCUCCACCGACUGUCACCCUAGCCUCGUCUGCACCAUCAGACAUCUCGCUCGACCAAACACAAAAUUGCAAUUCCUCUGUCUCAUACAGCUUUUCAAACGUACGAACCACAACAACUACAACUUCUCAUCCAACAGCGAUGGAUUGCGACCUCUCACAAUCUACAGCGGAAAUGAAACGUGUUCCGGAGAAGUGCACCGUGAACGCCCACUCUGGGAAGCUGCGCAGAAGAAAGAAGACAGCACACCUAAAUGCAGCUAAAGAAACGAGGUUCCCACCACAACGUCCGCUCCCGUUACGUGGAUCGAUGGUGUCAUUUGGAAACACAACAAAACCCUUACUUUGUUCGUCCAAACAACCCCAACUCUCCUCCACCGACUGUCCACUUGACCGAGAUGGUCGUCCUGCACCCCUUCUCACAAUGGAGGACUUGCUCGAGUGGCAAUGGAAUCAGGCUGGCAAUCUGCUUAUGCAUCACGUAGAUGGCACUGAUGUUGUUUCUCUCUUAGACAGCCUGCAUAAAUUAAAGUCCGAGAACGAUUCGUUGGAAUCCAAGCUGCUCCGUCUCAAAACUAGAUAUGAACAUUUACGUUCUGUCAACUUGCGGCUAUCUGCUUCUCUCUCCGCCAUGGAAUCUGCAUCCACUGCUCCAUCCAACGUGGGAAACGUCCCAUCGUAUUUCCCUUCACUGACUGCGAAUGAAUCAUCGCAACAUAAUAACCAUGUUCACAGACCGCGCCUGAGUGAGCCAAGUGACACUGAUCCUCCCGUGACGAAGUUCCGGCAUGAUGCCGUCUGGCAUUCGCUGGAGUCUGCCCCAACGCGUCCGUCAAAUAGCCACCGUGAUUGCUGCCCUACUUCAAAUGACCCACAGCCGAGCCCCCGAUCAACGGCAACACUGGUGGUUUCGCGUCCGAUAGUUUGCUCUUCCAAUCAGUCCACCUUCAUGCAUGCUGUCCCGCAGCACACGGUUCUGCAAUCUCCUGUGGUCAGUUGCCGGAUGAUUGAAACAUCCAGCUCGUUGCAGUCCCCGUCCUCGAAAAACGCAAAUGCGAUGCCCCAAGCAAAUAGUGAUUCGUACUCAUCAGUCUACACUUCAAAACAUGGAAGUCAGCAACACACUCGGCGACACACCACAGCAAGACAGCGGCCAGAAGACACCAAUCGAGAGAAACCUAGGGCGAACGUUCAAAACCAACAGAAUACCUACCUCCCCAACCGUCCGAUCGAUUAUCUGGUAUACGAGCAACCUGCACGAGUUUUAUUCGGGAAAUCCGGUAACUCCCAGGAACUACAAUUUGUUUUACUUUUCAGCAAGAACUCAGUGCGCGCCUCUCUUCUGCAAUCGCUGCGCGUCAGCCUUCUGCUUCGGUCAAAGCCGGAUGCAUACCUGAGCCGCGAAACACUUCAAGGGAACACGAAAAAUCAGGACCCUACAGAUCACCAGAGAUUUCGCCCAGAAGCACCAAUGCGAUUCAUUUCAGACCGGUACGCACGGAGAAAACGGUGAAAUCCGAUGAGCUCAAUCUCGACUUUUUCAAUCUACAUGCGGUUCCUCGAGACCCGACGCCGUCCGCUGCUCAGCUUGUGGAGAUGACACCGGCGGAAACUCGCGAGAAGACAAUCAAGCCACCACAUUUGGUCCACUCUUCGAGCCCGAAGAUAGCCCUAAACGUCAGCAUCGCAUCAACAGAGAGUUGCAUCACGGUUAGUGGCGGUGUUGGACAUGAAGUCUCACAACGGAUUGCAAAGGACCGCCUUGCAUUCAUCAAACUGAUACACCUAUGGCGUCGUCGUGAUGUCAAUCUCAAGCUCAAGGGCAGGGUGUACAAUGCUUCCAUCUGUGCAGUAUUCUUGUACUGCUGUGAGACUUGGCCUAUUCGCUCGGAAGACAUGAAGCGGCUGUCAGUCUUCGACCGUCGCUGUCUACGAAGGACUGCUCGGGUGUGGUGCCAACACCACGUAAGCAACGCAGAGGUCCGAGACCGAGUGCUUGGAACGAGUAGUGCCAGUCUUCAGAACAUUAUUCUCCGACAUCGCUUGCGUUGGCUCGAACACCUUUUGCACAGCCCAUCGCCUUCCACGUCAAGCGCUACUUGCACUCCCAGGGAG